AGACAAACGAUUGGCUACCAUGUGGAUCACACAUUAUUCCCUAAGUUGUCACUUCCUGAAGUCCGAAGUCACAACGACGAGACCAAUCAUAUCCGAUUGUUAUCAUUACAGUUGAGUAAAUAUUGUCCGUCGAAGAGGAUUACGAGAUAGCUUGGUUAUUUAUUAAGACUCUUGUGGAAACUAAAAGAACACGUUCGUCGGAGAGUGAAAAAAUAGCAAGCAUAUACGAAAAGCGUGAUACUGUGCUUCAAAGGAAACAUAUCCGUAAGGACACGAGACGAAUCUAAAAAGAAGAAGAAGAAAAACUAUUGUCCGACCGAACACGAUCUCAACACGGCAAUUGUAGCAAAGAGAGCGUGUCAUAGCGUCUUAACACUUACGAGAGACGAGCUCGCGACGCUUCCACCGCACGUCGUUGAUAGCGCUGCUAUUUCGCUCGCAACACGGCAAGACGAGGGACGAGACGAUGCUCAGUGGCGAUGGUGUAUACGUUUAGAAUGCACAUCGACGGUGUACACUUCCAUACACGAGUUCUUCGUAUAUUUUAACGAUGGAUCUCUCGUCGGCGCGACUCGUGCAUGUUGGAUGAGAAUCACGAAUCGGUGCAAGAGUCAACGGGAAGCCACGAGAUCACCGAGUUACCGCGGGAUCAACGAGUUUCCGAGUGAGUGCUAGAACGUGACGAACGUUGUCCAGUGAUUUCGUCCAGUACUGCGAGAGAGUGUGUUAGAUUCUGAUCGACGGGAAAGAGCUCGAUACACGUGCAUCAUACAGUUGUGCAUCAUCGAGAACAAAUUUUAUAAUCACUCGUAGAUUUGCCGAAGUUUCUCAUAAGUUAGCCUAGUUGUAUCAACGUUUUAGCGAAUAACGUUGAUGAAUCGUGGAUAUGUUGAUAAUUUGGAGAACUAACAGGCAGUGUUUAUUUGAGAGUGUGUAUUGAUAUAUCUCACAAAUAAUGAAUGUUACUUUAGAAUCACAGAACACGGUUUUAGAAGCAUACGACUGAGAGUGUAUAUGGAAUCAAAAUGGCACGCAGGCGAAAAACUGAUGUUAAAGCAUCUGUAAAACCAUCCCAUAAAUAUACACCUGUACGUAAAUCUAAUAGACAAAUAGCCAAGAAACAGUUAGAAGAGAAGAAAAAUGGAGAGAUUUCACAGACAUCUUGCUUAAACAAUUCCGACGAUUCUAAAUCUACCAAUGAAGAUUAUAGUCAAGUUCCAUUAAAGAAAAAUCAAAAUUCUCAGAAGAAGCAUAGGAAACAUAAAGGCACUUCUAAUAACAUUGAAACUAUUAAUGACGAGAGUACUAUAUAUGAUGUUUCACAAUGCAAACGAGAUGCAGGAGAAAGUGACAGCCAAGAUGAUACAGAUAACAUAAUUAGUAAAUCAGAAAAACUUAGCCCGGAGGAUGUACGACAGGUUGUAGUUGGUAACACAGAUCUAGCCAAUGAAUCCUUAUCUGCCCCAGUAUCAACCGAGAUGGAAGUAUGGUCAGAAGAUAUAGAGGAAACUAUAAUCUGUGAAGAAAUGGAAGUGGAAGAAGAUGGUGCUAAUUUAUCACAAGAUAAUGUUAUGGUUGAGGAAGUAUUACUUAUGAAUGAAACUAAUUUGGAAAGCAAGGAUUUUGUGGAAUUUACUGUGAUACAAAAUGAGGAUGGUACUAAAUCUAUGGUGAUGACACCUAAAUCUGAAAAUAUUUCAAACGAUGAGUAUCAUGUUAUUCGAGAAAAUGUUAAUAGUGUGUGUACCAAUGCACCAGAAAAUUCCAUAUCAAUGAUACAUACAGAUGAAUCAAGCAGUGAGACAUGUAAUGUUACAGAUUCCAAUGUAGACAAACCAUAUGUUAAUAAAAAAAAAACAGUAUUAGAAGAUCAAGCUGGUAAGAAGCAAAAGAGUGGCAAAACAAUUUAUGAUGAAAUAAGAGAGGAAAUUUCAGAAUCAAUGUCUGGUAAAGUUCAAAUAUGUUCUGUCAAGGAUUAUUCUGAUUCCACCACCGAGAUGUUGGAAGAUAACUCUACAUGGGAAAGCAAAGACUCACAAACAAAAAGUGUGUAUAAAGAUUUGUCAAAAGAAGAUACAGUUUCCAAACUAGAUAAACUGGCAGAUAUGCAGAUAAGUGAAUGUUCAAAGGAAAUACAAAAGUUGGUGAAUGAUCUUUCUAGCAUGGAAAGUAUUGACUCUCCAGUACAAACUCCACUAAAUGUAGAAAAAUUGUCACCGGUAAAUAUUGACGACGAAAGUAGUUCGUCGAUAUUAGAUAAAAUGGAGCAACUGCAUCGUCCAAAUAAUUCUGUCAGCUCUCACGUUACAGACAUAUUUUCGAAAGCUAUAGAGCCCAAUAAUAUAAUAAAACCUCAAGAAGAAGAUAUUUUAAAGUCCGAUUCUUGUAAUGAUAAAAUACAAUUUACAGAUCAAGUUUCAAUGAAAUCGAAAAUUAUACAAGAUAAGAAAAAUACGAGUCAGCAAAAGAAUACUGAACAUCUAGGAAUUAUUGAUGAAUUACAAGAUAGUGAAGGAGACAACAACAAAGUUGAUAAUGAAGAUAUGAAGCUAUGUAGUAGCAGUGAAAAUAGUAACGAUACUCUAUUGUCACUAACCAAUUGUAAAACUCGGGAGCUUGAUGUAAAAAAUGUAGCAAGUAAUGCAAAUGAUAUUGACAAAAGAGUUGAAUUCAGAAGUCGUAGUGGAAGCACAGAUACAACAGGUUCUGAAAGUGGCUCAAACAGUUCGGGUGUAAGACGAAGCAGUAGAAUUCGAUCUAUUGGAUUAAUGAAGCAAAGAUCUCGUGGACGUGGCUUGGUUACAAAGCCUAACAUAGACACUUCGAAAACAACUUUACAGCAAGAAAAAGAAAAAGUAGUUAAUAAUAUAAAUCCUGCAAUAAUUCAGGAAAUAAAAAUAGAUAACUCCGAAGCGCAAUGUGAUAAGGAAAAUAAUUCUAACAAGAUAUCGACGUCGAUUGAUACUUUAGCUCCGUUAAGUACUAGUUAUAACACUACAGGAUACGAUUCUGAUUCUUCAAAGCCGGUUAAAGUAAAAUCUCGCUGGCGAAGAUCAAGCGAGCUCGAGAUGGGAAGUUCCAGUGCAGGAUUUGGAUAUCUUACUACUACUGUAUCAAUGCUUGGGUCAUCUAUUGCACCAUUAUCUGAAUCAGGACGUUCUGUACCUAUUUGUGCAGGAGAGUCUACAUCUUCAGAAUCGAAAUAUACUAGCACAAAUAUAAAAGCUAGUAUAGAAAUGGAGCAAGUUAAAGACACAUUAUCAACAUCUAAUAACGUUUCUACUGUUUCAACAAUAGCACAAAUCUCAAAAGCUAUUGGAGCAAAGAUUCCUUUACCAAUGGUUCUUGAAACACAGGAUAGGGAAAUGGAAGAAAGACUGAGUCAGUUUGAGCACUUGAGUGAAAAUUUAUAUCUUACUGAAAGAUAUACGAACAAGGAAACUAAGAGAAUGGUAUGUGACUGUUUCUUAACUGAAGAAGAAAUUGAGAGAGGGGAACUUGGUUGUGGGGAAGAUUGCCUUAAUAGACUUCUUAUGAUAGAGUGCGGACCUAGAUGUGUGGUAGGGGACAGAUGUACAAAUAAGAGAUUUCAAAAUUGUGAAUAUGCUAAGUGUGAAGUAUUCCGCACGGAGAAAAAAGGUUUUGGAUUACGCGCUAUUGUUGAUAUAGUAGCAGGCGAGUUUAUAAUGGAAUAUGUAGGUGAGGUUGUGGAUCCAAAGGAUUUUAAACGUAGAGCAAAAGAGUAUUCUAAAGAUAAAAACAGACAUUACUAUUUCAUGGCAUUAAAAUCUGAUCAGAUUAUAGAUGCUACAAUGAAAGGAAAUAUAUCUAGAUUCAUCAAUCACAGUUGUGAUCCAAAUGCGGAGACACAGAAGUGGACAGUGAAUGGGGAAUUACGAAUAGGAUUUUUUAAUAAAAAAUUUAUAGCUACUGGUGAAGAAAUUACAUUUGACUACCAUUUUCAACGUUAUGGGAAAGAAGCUCAAAAGUGUUAUUGCGAAGCACCAAAUUGUCGAGGUUGGAUAGGUGAAACACCUGAAGAGGAGAAGGAGAAGAUUGAAAAGAAAGAAAAACGCGAAAAGGAUAUAAAAAAGAAGAAAGAGGAGAAGAAACCUACUGAUUAUAUGGAGGAUGAAGAUUUGGAAGAAGAAAUAGACAAGCUGUGUUCGGGUGGCUUGAAAAACCGUGCGCACACAUUGACAUUAAGCCGACUAAUGGUUCGUAGCAGAGAACUAGAACACAGAACGCGUUUACUACGUCUUAUACAAAGUGGCGUGCAACCGUGUCGAAGAUUAUUUCUGGAUUAUCACGGUUUACGUUUAAUUUGGAGUUACGUUAUGGAUAUCGCAACGAAUGAUACAGAAGAAGCUCAACAAUUUCGCUUAGAAGUGUUGAAAACUUUAAAUACACUGCCAAUACCUAACAAGACAAUGUUAAUGGAUAGUAAGAUAUAUGGCGUAAUCGAGAAAUGGGCGAAAGGUUUAUAUCUUUCUCCAAAUGCCGAUUCUCCAGAAGACGAUCAGGUUAAAUCGAGGAUGACGUGCGAAGACUUAAGCAGUAAUUCUGACAGCAACGAAAAGAAAAGUCCUGAACAUUUGAAUGACAUUCCAGAUAAACGCAAUAAUAAUAUUGAAAGUUGUUUGGCAGUUGACGAAAUUAAAUUAGAAACUCCAGAACAAACUCUUAUUCCUGAUUUAGCUUCUAGUCUUCUUGCUGAGUGGUCCAAUCUUAAAGAAGUUUUCAGAAUACCAAAAAAAGAAAGGAUUGAACAAAUGAAGGAGCAUGAAAGAGAAGCAGAUCGCGGAUAUAGAGAAGAAUUGGAAAAAGAAGACAAGAGAGGAACAUCUUAUGAUAGACAUAGAUCUGAUAGAUAUAGUCGAAGCGAAAUGGAUAAACGCGGUGACAGAAGACGAGGACGAGAAUCUCCAGAAACUGAACACAGUAGAAUAAAAGAGAAGAGAGUAGAAGAACGAAGUAGCCUAGUUCCUAUACCACGGAUGACAAAAUAUGAACGUAGGCAAUUAUUUGCACUGCAAGUCGCGAAGGAAGAGGAGGAAAGGCAACGUCGUCAACAACAAGAAUCGUGGCAAGAACACGAGAACAGAUGUAUGGCAUUGGGUAUAGAUCCCCAUACCACUGCCAUGGUUGAUCCUCAAACAGGUUAUCCUGUUUUUUAUAAUCCGUCAUUGGGUCAAUGGCAACAUUAUUCCACUCAAGAUGGAGGAGAAGUAACACAACAGUGUACACCUGUAUAUGUAGGCCCUCAAUCUACUAGUAUAAUAGGCCAGACUUCUCAUGUACUACCAUCAACAAUAACAACUGAUAUAUCAUCUGGCAUUACAAGUGGCAUCUCACCUGGUGUGCCACCAGUAGCUUAUUCAUUAAGUCAGACAACUGUGUUCAAUCAGACAACAUCUUCCUACUCUUUGAUAUCACAUCCACAACCGUAUUCUGAGGGACAACUACCUCUUUCAAAUAAUUUAGUGUCUGUUGGUGGAACACCACCAAUAUCAAUUCAAACACCCCUUUAUAAUCACAUCGAGAAGCCCGCUGAUCAACAAUUUACAUCUACGGAAAACCGACCGCCGCAACCUGAAGUUCCGCCGAUAGAUUUGCCACCGAAAUGGAAGAGUGCAACAGAUAGCAGAGGUAGAACGUACUAUUACCAUGUGAAGGAAAGAAUAUCGCAGUGGCUACCUCCGCCACCUGAUCAUAUCGGAGUACAACCAGACUCUUCGUCUACUUCGGAAUCUAGUGAAGAGUCGAGCUCGUCGAAUGAAGAUUAUGAAGAUCUCGAUGACGAUCAUACCGAAGAUCAAAGGAAUGACGAUACAGAGAUCAGCAAUGUUUCAACAGAAAGUCCUUCAGGCACAUCUAAGUCAAAUACAUCUAAAAAGUUAGGUGGUCACAAUUUGACUGGAAGUUCACUGCCGUUUACCGAGCCUAAAAAAAGAAGAGAAGGACUGGUACAAGAAAGGAUUAUUAGUCCACGUAGGGAAGAGGAUCGUAUUGAUCACAAGGUUUAUAAAGAAAUAAAAGAAAAAUUACGACGGCAAAAGGAAAGAGCAAAAUUGAAAGACCAUGUUGAAAAGUUAAGAAAACAUCGACGAAGUAACAAAUCGAAAUCUCAUUCGCGACAUGGUUUGAGCAAGUUGCAAUCGACAUCAGCCGAAGUGUCUCCUAUGUCCGAAAGAAAAAUUAAGGAUACAUUUAGAAUAAAUAUGGCUAAUGUAAUGGUGCACUUUUUAAAUCCGUAUAGAAAGAAUGACUGCAGACAAGGCAGAAUAACUAAUACUGAAGAUUUUAAGCAUCUAGCCAGAAAGCUAACACAUUUUGUACUCGCAAAGGAAUUAAAACAUUGUAAAAGUGUUGAUGAGUUGCAAUGCAAUGAGAACGUUAAGCACAAAGCAAAAGACUUUGUACGUAAGUACAUGAGCAAAUUCGGCGCAGUGUAUCAGAAAGGUACAGACGAAGAUUAA